GGACGAGGAUCGGACCCGAGCUGGAUUAGUCUCACGUUUGUGGGUUUCCCAUAACUCCACAUUGUACUAUGAGACGACUGUUGAUUCUAGCAGCCCUGGCCCAGGUGUUGCUUGCACUCAGUGAACCAGAGAAAUACAAAUGUGAGGAAGAGAAGGACGAUACUGCGAUUGAUGAUGCGGUGCAAUUCAUUAAUGAACUACACCACCAUGGAUACAAGUUCAAACUCGUCAAAAAGAAUAGCCGCACAUAUCAGACAACGGGUGAUUCCUGUGAUGUGGUCAUGGCACUGACCUUAGAGGAAACCCACUGCCACAUCGUGAACCCCAAACCUGUGCAGGAGUGCAAGGUCAGGCAAACCCAUGAAACGAAAGUAACAGCAAAAUGUAAUGUUACUAUAUGUGGAGGUGGACAUAAACCAGGCAUCAAAAGUUUCAGCUGUGACACAGAGCCAGCUUCAAGCAAAGAACUAUUGGCCACUUGCCCCGACUGCCCUACUCUUCUGCCUUUGCAUGAUCCUAAAGGCCUGGAGAGUGUGAAAGCUGCUCUUGAGAAGUAUAAUGAGGAUGCUGAACAUACAUCCUACUUUAAAUUAUUGGAAGUAGGCAGACUAACCACGCAGCAUAACAUGGUGUCCGGAAUGAGCUAUUUUGCUGACUUUGCCAUAAUGGAGACUGAGUGCUCAGACAAGGUGAAAGCAGAGGAAAGACCAGCAUGCAAGGGGCUCUGCUCUCCAGCAGCUCGCUAUGGAUUCUGCCAUUCCACCAAACUUGGAAAUGGUAUUGUAACUGUAAAUUGUGAGAUUUAUCCUGCCAAGAAUACAACGCAUGUUGGUGCCCCAGGAAAGCGCUGCAAGCACCAUAAAGGCCAUCACAGCCACUCAAGUCAUCAUGAGCGACCAGAACAUGGCCCUCACCCAGGUCACCAUGACAGAUCUGAUCGCCCUGAUCACCCACCACAUCAUAAACCAGGUCAACCAAGCCCCACUCCCCAUCAUCGCACUGGUCCAUCAAUCCCCCCUCCUCAUCCACACUGCUUUAUUCCUUCAGAAAGACCAUUUCAUGUAGGUCCCCCUAGUUUUCCUCAUCAUAGAGGUCCUCCUCACCAUGGAGGUCCUCCUCACCAUGGAGGUCCUCCUCACCAUGGAGGUCCUCCUCACCAUGGAGGUCCUCCUCAUCAUCGAGGUACUCCUCCUCCUGGAAGUCCUCCACCCCAUGGAGGUCCUCCGCACCAUGGAGGUCCUCCACCCCAUGGAGGUCCUCCACCUCAUGGGGGCCACCAUGACGAAAAGAAACGUCCGAAGCCAACUGGACCACCCCACAAGGUGCUGCCUGACGGCAAACCAACUCCUCCAGGAUCUAAGGAUGUCUCAGAUUUCCCCUUCCCACAAUGCCAUGGCUUUGUGAAAAUACCCCCCUCCAUCCACCCUAUAUGUCCAUUUCCUCCUAGACCACAUAGCAGAAGUACCGAGGUUUGAGAAAAUGUGCACAGUCUAUUAAAGAAAACUGAAAUGUAAUAGUUCUUCUUGUGUUAAUCACAAAUUAUCAUUAUCCAUUUCAGUGCAAUAAACAAUAAAUCGUCUUUAAUGACAUCAAAUCAGA